AUGGAGAGCUCGACGAAGAAAGGCGCGGCUCGGGAGCUGAGAGUGGGCGGAGCAAGGAGGCUCGGGCGAACGGGCUCGACGGAGACGAACCGCAGCAGCACUCCGGUCAAUCGCCCCGCCAGAUGCGCAUGCCGCCGCCGAUUGGUCUGGCCUGCUGCAGGACCUCCUGCUGUCCAUCAUGGCGGCGCUGGAUGUCCCCAGCCUCGUCCGUUCCGGCGCCGUCUGCACGUCCUGGCGGGACGCCUACAGCACCUUCCGCUUACCCGCGCUGAAGCAAGCGCCGUGCCUGCUCUACGCCUGCGACGAGUACGGGCCCAAGGAGGCCGCCCUGUACGGCUGUACUGCCCCUCCACCAACGCCACCUUCCGUGUCCCCUUCCCCGGCCCACCGCACGAGAAGCGGGGCUUCGUCUUCUCGUGCCACGGCUGGGUGUUCGCUGCCGAUGAAGUCGGCGACCCGUACCUCUUCAACCCCACCACCGGCGUCCAGGCUGCGCUCCCACCGGUCAAGACGCUCUCGGGCCGCGAUGAGAACUUCUACGACGAUGACGGCAAGAAUGUCCUCACCCUCGAGGGUGUCGACGAGAACGGAGAUCCGAGAACCAACAUCCUCUGGGCACGAGAUAUUGAGUAUAUCCGGGUCGCCAUCUCCUCCGCAGCCGAGGUGACUGCAUGCACUGUCCUGAUCAUACACAAUCCAGAUUCGAUGCUCUCGUUUGCCAAGCCGGGCGAUAAGCAGUGGACAUUGCUCUCCGACCUUGAAACCGGUGUCAGUGAUGUUCUUUACAAUGAUAAGGACGGCCUGUUCUACGUUCUACAUAAUACUGCCUCCAUCAGUGCUGUGGAUCUCAAUGGGCUUCAGCCGAGGGUGACCAUGACCAUGCGUCCCACAUCGAGAAUGAGCAUUUCUGAUAUGUAUCUCGUCGUCGCGCCGUCGGGCCAAUUCCUGCAGGUGUGGAGGAUGCAGGCUACGAUAGAUACCCCACUCAAGAAUCACAAGACAUACAAAGACAUUGUGCCGUAUGUGAUCAAUGAUCUUAUUGAAUUGGCAAACGAGAAUGGCGGCGACAGGCUUAGUGAAACUGUCAUCGAAGACCAACAACACAUUGAUGCUAAGGAGGGGCGUCAUAAUGAGGUCAACACGACAGAGGUCCUAGUCUUCAAGGUUGACAUGGAUAGGCAGAAACUGGUAGAGCUUCAGCACAUUGGAGACUGCGCAAUCUUCCUUGGGUUCAAUGCCGCUGUGUGCCUUUCGACCAAAGACACAACAUUGGAACCAAACUGCAUCUACCUCACGGAUGAUUUUCACCAUCCAUCAUGUCACCCAAUGUUGCGGAAAGAUCUGGGUAUCUGGAACAUCAAGAAGAGGAUUAUGCAGAAGCUUGACGAUGUGUGGCCAAUCAUGCAUUCUUGGCUAGAUUUACCAGCUCCAAUUUGGAUCACACCGAGUUUAGCAUCGCCGGUGUGCUUGGCGCCGCCUAUUGCGGGGAGGGCAGCGACCACGACACGACGUGCGAGGAGGACCCAAUGCCGGCGUGAACUCGCGAGUGGGGUCCACGCGGGGGCCGCCGAUGGCUUAGGAUUGCCGCUGGUCGGACUACAAACGAUGGCUGCGGACCGGGAGGGGGCGGCGGUUUUCAAUUAUUAUUUUUGGGAUUGUGUGGUGACGAUGGGUAGGAUAGCUGAGCGUACGGUUGUACGUAUGGCACACACGUUCCGGCGAGCGAACAUGCGAAAGUGCGUACCUUUUGUCAAAAGAUUUGCAUUGAUUCUACUUUUCCUUUGUUUUCCUUUGUUUAUACUAGCAAUGCCCGCGCUCCCUUGAUACGUUAUGAUUAUGUAAGUUAUUUAAAUUUAG